AUGAUGUUACGGCUGUUGGUUCGUCCGGCCGCCCGGAUGAUCGCCAUCCCCAGAACGCAGGUGACGGCGCCGUUGGCGUCGCCCUUGCAAGCCCGGUGGGGCGUGCGUACGCUCGCCACCGAGGAACCUAAAGACGACAAGAAACAGCAACCGCAACUGAUCCUCAACGAUGACAUGUUGGCCAAGGCCGGGUUCGAGGACCCUCAGCCGAAAGCCGAAGGGCAAGAAGGCGCCGAUGCCACCCUGGGGUCGCUGAAACGGAGAAAGAGAGCGCAAACGUCCAAGGACCGUCAGCGUGAACGCGCCGCCAACUGGUUCUACAUCGCUAUGGGGCUCGGGGCCGUCGUCGGCGCCGGCUACUUGCUGAGAAACUGGGACGACGAGGAGGAACAAAAGAAGUUGGAAGGCCAGGACAUCGCCAACGGGUACACCCCUCAAUUGAUGUACGACCGGUUCAACAAGCGGGUGGGCCUGUUGUUCACCUUCUUCCUGGACCCGGUGUUCGAAGACCUCUUGCCUCCUCCUGCCCCUGAAGCCUACCGCAGACCGUUGACGUUGGUGUUGUCGCUCGAUGACCUCCUCAUCCACUCGUCGUGGGACACUCAGCACGGGUGGCGUACCGCCAAGAGACCCGGGGUCGACUACUUUUUGGGUUACCUCUCGCAGUACUACGAAAUCGUCGUGUUCGGCCUGAACUACCAAAUGUACUCGGAAAAGGCCGUGAACAAGUUGGACCCGUACCACGCCUACAUCUCCUACCAGUUGUACCGUGAAGCCUGCAGAUACAAGGAUGGCAAGCUCAUCAAGGACUUGUCGCUUUUGAACCGUGACUUGGCCAAGACCGUGCUCAUUGACACCAACCCCGAAGCUUACUUCCUCCAUGAGGAAAACGCCAUCCCCGCUAAGCCCUGGAACGGUGACCCUAACGACACCUACCUUAUUGACUUGAUCCCUUUCCUCGAGUUCCUUGCCACGCAAAACGUCAAGGACGUGCGCCCGAUUUUGUCCUCGUUUAACAAGGAGUUCUUGAUUGAAGAGUACCAAAAGCGUGAGCUCGCGUUGAGAGAAAAGUGGAAGAAGGAAAACCCCCAAUUGUUCCUGGGCAAGGGCAACGCCGGGUCGUUCAUCGGCUCGUUGCUUGGUAUGCCUCAAUUGGCUAACAAGGAGCCCAAGCACCCGCUCGACUUGAUCAGAGAACACGGGCAAUUGCAGUACAAGCACUUCCAGGAAUAUUUGAACCAACACGCGCAAAAGAUCCUCGAAGACGAAAAGAAGUUGAAGGAAGAAUUCGGCAAGAUCACCUUGAACAAGUACUUCAGCGAAGGCCAACCGUCGCCGGAAGAAAUCGCCAAGAGACAACAGGAAAUUUUGGCCGGGGAAUCCAAGGCGUGA